AUGCGCUCGGUUGCAUCGACUACCGUCUUACUCUUUUUGCCCAUCUGCCAAGCGCUUUCAUGGACCGCGACGCCCUUCAGCCCGGCAUCUUAUCCUCUCGCUGUUCGUUCGCCCUACCUAUCUGCAUGGCUACCACAGGGAGGCGGAACUGCUCUCAAUCAAGCUUGGCCACAGUUUUGGGAUGGUGACACCUUAGGAUGGGCUGGUUAUGUCAAUGUCGAUGGGGUUUCCUAUAACUUCCUUGGUGAUCCAGACGUACCCAACACCGAUGCAGCUAAGGCGGUCCAGAAGAGCGCUGAAUUCACUAGUACUCAAACCACCUUUGUCCUUACUGCCGGACCUGUCGAUCUCACUGUUACAUUCCUGAGUCCUGUGGAGCCAAGCGACCUCCUAAACCAAUCACUUCCGUGGUCUUAUCUCGCCCUAUCCGCCGCGCCCAGCGAUGGCAAUUCUCACUCUGUCCAGGUGUAUACUGACAUCAGUGCAGAGUGGGUGUUUGGGGACGAUAGUCAGACCGUGAACUGGACAACGUUGGCUAGCGAUGUCGUUACACACCAAGUACAGUUGGAAUCUCAAGAUGUAUUCAACGAGGUCAAUGACCGUAUCCAACAGGGGUCGGCAUAUUAUUCGACCUUGAAUUCAGCAGGAGUGACAUACCAGACCGGCCAGGAUAUUGUCGUCCGUGCCCAGUUCAUCAACCACAGUACAUUGUCUAACACCCAAGACACGAACUUUCGCUCAAUCUCCGACGACUGGCCUGUCUUUGCUCUGGCACACGAUCUUGGCACAAUCUCUGGCCCCUCGGAUACUGUUGUCUACUCAGUUGGACAUGCUCGUGAUCCGGCGAUUGAGUACCUCAUCGCGAACGACGCUCUACAGAACCGGAGCUCUUAUUUCUGGAGCCAGUACUCAACGGCGACUGACGCAAUCACCACAUUCCUCGGAGACUACGAUAACGCUCUGACACGAGCAACCGCGUUUGAUGCGCAAGUCAGCGCCGAUGCAUCGAGCAUCUCGUCCAAUUAUGCUGGACUUGUUGCCUUGUCUGUGAGGCAAGGAUUCGGCGCCAUUGAAAUUACUGUUUCCAAAGACAGUUCCGGAGAAUACAACACGUCCGAUAUCAUGACAUUCCUGAAAGAGAUCUCCAGCGACGGGAACGUAAACACCAUCGAUGUCAUCUAUCCUGCUUGGCCCCUCUUCCUGUACACCAAUCCUGUGAUAGGCAGGGACCUCAUCCUUCCGCUCCUUGCGUACCAAGAGACGGGCCAAUAUCCCAAUCAGUGGGCCUGCCAUGACAUGGGAGCUACAUAUCCCAAAGCGCUGGGCCAUAACGAUGGUAAUGACGAGAAAAUGCCCAUUGAAGAGAGUGGAAACAUGCUUAUCAUGUCGCUGAGCUACGUGCAAGCAGCAAACGAUAAGUCAUUCAUCACGUCCUACUAUAACCUCCUCGACCAAUGGACACGAUACCUCGUCGAUAACACGCUCAUCCCCGGUGAUCAAAUCAGCACGGAUGACUUCGCCGGUGCGUUGGCUAACCAAACGAAUCUCGCAAUCAAGGGAAUUAUCGGGAUCAAGGCUAUGUCGGUCAUGGCAGAUCUCGUUGGGAAUUCAGCCGAUGCCGCUAAUUACAGCUCUAUCGCUUCCUCAUAUGUCACGCAGUGGCAAGGCUUCGCAACGUCUUCAGAUGGAUUGCAUCUGACACUCGCGUAUAACAAUGAUUCCACUUGGGGUCUUUCAUAUAACAUGUAUGCCGACAAGCUAUUGAAAACCAAUCUGAUACCCAGCUCGGUGUAUGAAAUGCAGACAGCAUGGUAUUCUACGGUUGACGAGGAGUACGGUGUACCCUUGGAUACACGUCACACGUACACGAAGUCGGACUGGCAGUCUUUGACGGCAGCUUUCAUGACGAACACCACCGUGCGGGAUAUGCUCAUUGAUGCGGUCCAGAGCUAUGCCGCAGACGGCCUGAACUCUGUGCCCCUUUCCGAUUGGUAUUGGGCCAACAACGGCGUGGUCCAAGGCUUCCAAGCACGUCCUGUGGUCGGGGGACAUCUCGCUCUAGUAAGUCGAGAAAUGUUCCACGUUGUAUGA